GGUUUCAGUUAAGUGUGCGGCGCAGAAAUACCCCAAUGAUGUCCUGUAAUCUUUGAUGUUGGUGCUCUCCGGUGGGUUGGUGGACUUUCGUGGCCCCAUUCAAUUCCUAAAUAAAGAAAAUGCGGUGAAAGCUUCGGCCGCUGUGACAUCAUACCACCCACGAGAAUCCACUAUACCACCCCACAAAAAUCAGCAGCAAUGAUGAUGUAAAUACAGUCAGCAAAAAAGUUGGUGGUGGAAAUUUGUGUUCUGAAUGAAAAUGAGCAGAUCUGGAAAAUGUAGCGAGGAGAACCGCCGCGGAAUAGUUGAUUUCUGUCUAGUGGCGGAACCCACUAACUGACGCUUUCGGGGCGCCACAUUUCAAAUGGAAAGCGUUGCGCUCAGUCGCACGUCAACCUCUAUGGCAAUAGGGCCGGCGGAUUUCAUUGGGUCUUCGCUUCUCCGGUGGUCGUCGCUUCGGGUCAAGUGCGCAGCGGAAAACAGGUGCGGGAAAAAGGAUAGCGCACCUUCGUGGUUAAUUAGAGGGAUUAUUGAUUGGCAACAUGGCCUGUAGCACAUCGUUCCUGAAAGCCGUUCUUAUCGUUCUCAAUGUGCUGCUAUCGCUGAUUGGAGUGACGUUGAUUGCUCUGUCCGUGUACGAGCUGAACAGCUCCACGCCGGGCACCUUCGAGCACAUCGCCAUCGUUGUCCAGAUCUUCGUGGGCACCUUCGUGGUCCUGACCUCGUUUCUGGGCUGCUUUGCCACCGCUCGGGUUUCCCUGGGACUGGUUUGGAGCUAUGUGAUCUGCCUGCUGAUCCUGCUGUGCCUGCAGAUCUACAUUAUCGCGGCAGCCCACUCCACGGACUACGUGGAGCGAUCCAAGAAGGACUUCCUGGCCACCUGGGCUGAUCAAAGGGCCAAUGUGGAACGCAUAUCGCUCCUCGAGCAAAAGUACUCCUGCUGCGGUGAGUUGGGCGCCCAUGAUUAUAUCCUGAUGGGCCGGGGUAUACCCUUGAGCUGCUACAAGGAUCAGGAGCGGCGCGAGAGCACCCUCUUCUCCGGGGGCUGCCUGCGUGCCGUGCAGGCGCACGCCACGGACAACGUGGCCAUCGGACUCAUCAUCAAGUGGCUGCUGCUUCUGGUGGAGUUCGCCGCCCUGGGAGCCGCAACCCACUUGGGCAUCACGGUGCGCAAUAAAUUGCGGCGCGAAAGAUUCUAACAGGUCGCUUGGAAUCACCGAAAUCGGGUGUUGGCAACGCAUAAUCCGAUAUCUAUGGAUUUUUAUAGCAGUUUAAGAUGAUCUGGAGGCAACAGAAGCGUAGAAUAAAAAAUAAACCAAAAUCAUAAUAUUCAA